CUUUCUGAGGGUCCUUUGUUGCUCAAGCGCUCCUCCUACUCAAAUAUUCAGGUGCAAGAUGCUUUCAUUUUCGAUCCUCAACUGCAAUUUAUACGACGCAGACUAACAGCAGAAGAGAAGCGCGUUGUUAAACGCGGACGUAACCGUGUUGUUCGAUUGUAUCAAUUGUUAGACUCGCACUCUGUGUGCUUAUUACUUUUCCUCUCUCGUCUAAUGCUGCCUUCUCAAAUUGGCUUACAUGAUGGUGCUUUGGGUCCAACCACCAUCGAUGAUACAAUUCUGCCGUUGGUCACCCCAUUAGUCGAUCAUCAGACCCAGCUAAUCCAGCCUUCUCACAUGCGAAAGCUUAUUCGUAAAGCAUCUCUUUCGCAAGCUAAAAAAUCCUCAGUCGCACUAGGUAAUUCAGCCAGGUUUUGGAAAACCUUUUGGCGCAUGGAUAUCCCUUUGCCGGCUCAAAACGUUUGGUUUUGUUUGAUUCAUGGUAAGCUGCCUGCUGCUUCCAAUCUACACAAGAUCAUUCCCUCUUUCUCUCCUUUCUGCCGUCUGUGCAAUCGGGGUUCGUCUUCAGAAACCACUUGUCAUUUCUUAAUUGACUGUAGAAAAAAAUACCUCGCUUGGAAGCUCAUUUGGGCCCACUUCUUCCCUUUGCCCUCAUGGUCACGCCAUUCACUACUGCAGGCAAUCUUACAUCUCAAUUUCCCUCAACAGGAUUCAG